UAGCGUGCCCUUAGCAAAGAUGGCGGCGGAGCCUCCGCGGGGGCGGGGUGGGAAUUGUGCCGCCGCCAUUUUAACUGCGGGCAGCGCCUAUCGCUGAGGUGGCCUUGCCGGGCGCGCGGGGCGUGCCGGGAGGGAGCGGCGCAAGCGGCGCGGGCAGAGCUCCUGCCGGGCUAUGGCGACGUACCUGGAGUUCAUCCAGCAGAAUGAGGAGCGUGACGGAGUGCGCUUCAGCUGGAACGUGUGGCCCUCCAGCAGGCUGGAGGCCACAAGGAUGGUUGUGCCUCUGGCCUGUCUCCUGACCCCGCUGAAGGAGCGUCUGGACCUGCCCCCUGUGCAGUAUGAACCAGUGCUUUGCAGCAGGCCGACCUGCAAAGCUGUGCUCAACCCACUCUGCCAAGUUGACUAUCGGGCCAAGCUUUGGGCUUGUAACUUCUGUUUUCAGAGAAACCAGUUCCCUCCAGCGUAUGCAGGCAUUUCUGAAGUCAAUCAGCCAGCAGAACUCAUGCCUCAGUUUUCAACAAUUGAAUAUAUAGUGCAGCGAGGUCCGCAGACGCCGUUGAUCUUCCUGUAUGUUGUGGAUAUGUGCUUGGAGGAGGAGGAUUUACAGGCCCUGAAGGAGUCCCUGCAGAUGUCCCUGAGCCUGCUGCCUCCCGAUGCCCUAGUAGGGCUCAUCACUUUUGGCCGGAUGGUCCAGGUUCAUGAGCUGAGCUGUGAAGGGAUUUCCAAGAGCUACGUGUUCCGGGGCACUAAGGACCUGACAGCCAAGCAAAUACAGGAUAUGCUAGGGCUUUCAAAGCCAGCUGUCCCCAUGCAACCGGGAAGACCUCUUCAAACUCCAGAGCAACCUGUUUUUUCUAGCAGAUUCCUACAGCCCGUGCAUAAGAUUGACAUGAAUUUAACAGAUCUGCUUGGAGAGCUGCAAAGGGACCCAUGGCCAGUGACCCAGGGAAAGAGACCCUUACGUUCUACUGGAGUGGCUCUUUCAAUUGCAGUCGGCUUAUUGGAGGGUACAUUUCCAAACACAGGGGCCAGAAUAAUGCUGUUCACUGGUGGGCCACCAACACAAGGGCCUGGCAUGGUGGUGGGAGAUGAACUUAAAACACCGAUCCGUUCCUGGCAUGACAUAGAGAAGGAUAAUGCAAGGUUCAUGAAGAAGGCUACCAAACACUACGAGACUCUGGCCAACCGCUCUGCAGCCAAUGGGCACUGCAUUGACAUCUACGCCUGUGCCCUGGACCAGACGGGGCUGCUGGAGAUGAAGUGCUGUGCAAAUGUCACUGGAGGACACAUGGUGAUGGGAGACUCCUUCAACACGUCUCUCUUCAAGCAGACCUUCCAGCGGGUAUUUAGCAAGGGCUACAAUGGGGAAUUUCGGAUGGCUUUUGGUGCAAAUCUUGAUGUGAAGACCUCCAGGGAGCUGAAAAUUGCAGGAGCCAUUGGACCCUGUACAUCCCUGAAUGCUAAAGGGCCAUGCGUCUCUGAAAAUGAACUUGGAAUUGGAGGGACAUCUCAAUGGAAAAUCUGUAGUCUGGAUCCCAGUACAACUCUGGCCAUUUACUUUGAAGUGGUAAAUCAGCACAAUGCACCCAUCCCUCAGGGAGGCAGAGGGGCAGUGCAGUUUGUCACUCAGUAUCAACACUCCAGCACCCAGAGGCGCAUUCGUGUCACCACCAUCGCCAGAAACUGGGCAGAUGCACAGACUCAGCUUCAGCACAUCGAGGCUGCAUUUGACCAGGAGGCAGCUGCCGUGCUUAUGGCACGGCUGGGAGUGUACAGGGCUGAGUCUGAGGAGGGACCUGAUGUUCUGCGUUGGCUGGACAGGCAGCUCAUCAGGCUGUGUCAGAAAUUUGGACAAUACAACAAAGAUGAUCCCAACUCCUUUAGGCUGUCAGAAUCAUUUUCUUUGUAUCCUCAGUUCAUCUUCCACCUGCGCCGCUCCCCAUUCCUGCAGGUCUUCAAUAACAGUCCAGAUGAAUCUUCCUAUUACCGGCACCACUUUGCCAGGCAAGAUCUGACCCAGUCCCUCAUUAUGAUCCAGCCCAUCCUUUAUGCUUAUUCUUUCCAUGGGCCUCCUGAGCCAGUGCUUUUGGACAGCAGCAGUAUUCUUCCUGACAGAAUCCUACUGAUGGAUACUUUCUUCCAGAUAGUUAUCUACCUUGGUGAGACUAUUGCACAGUGGCAGAAAGCUGGAUACCAAGACAUGCCUGAAUAUGAAAACUUUAAGCACCUCCUGCAAGCCCCACUGGAUGAUGCCCAGGAAAUCUUGCAGACCAGAUUCCCAAUGCCACGGUACAUCCACACUGAGCAUGGAGGCAGUCAGGCCCGGUUCCUCCUGUCUAAAGUGAAUCCUUCUCAGACCCACAAUAACCUCUAUGCCUGGGGCCAGGAAUCAGGAGCGCCAAUUCUGACAGAUGAUGUGAGUCUCCAGGUAUUCAUGGACCACCUCAAAAAGCUGGCAGUUUCAAGUGCAUCGUGACUGAUCAAACCGAGGGUUUAUAUGGAUUGUGUGGAUGACAGAAGUGGAGCAAUUUAUUUACAUUUCCUUUUCUCUCUUCUAAACUAGAGGUUUUAACUGUUACAUGAAAUAAACAUUCAGGGAGAGUUUUUUGCUUCUCCCUUCUAAUUUAUUUGUAUUCCUUUUUGUCUAUAUUCUGUUUUCUCUGCAUUUUCCACACAUAAUUAGCGUUGAAACGUGUUUUAGCCAACAGAGAUUUUGACAGCCUUUAGCUUAACUUUUAAUGUUCUUAAGAGGUGUCUCAGAAAGCAGGGGACUGUAUUAAUGAAAAAUAAAACUGGGUAGGAGCACUGUUCCUUAGUGUUGUCCCCAAAUCCCGCUCUUGGUGUCAUGGGCGGGUCUCGGAUCCUUUUUUCCCUUGCGGCCUGGCCCCGCCCCCCGCGCGUGCCCGGUUGGGGGCGGGGCGUCCUGCUCGUCCGUUGGGGCGGCGAUGAAGCCGGCGCGCGCGGCCGUGUGGAACGCCAGGGCCGCGCUGCUCUACUCGCUGGGCGGCUGGACCACGCUGGGCGCCCUCAUCUACUACAGCCGCCUGGACAAAGCCGGCACCGGCAGCGAGAAUGAAAAUGAUCCUGAGGCAAACCAAGGGACCCGCAAGGAAGUACACACUAAGGAAUAUCCUUUUGGAUUGACAGUGACAACAGAAAUAACAUACAAAGAGGUUCCGCCUCCUCUUACUCGACUGCUCAGGCGUGCGGUAUCAUUUUUUGUUCCUAAUGACGACCCUCCUUCCAAAGAGUGAGCUGUUCAGAAAGUUGUGCUGGACCUCUGAGAACAUCAUCCCCGUUCCUGGCACCAGACCACUGCUGGAAAACUGUCCCUUGCAUUGCUGAAACAGCAGCUCUGCCCAGCUGAUGUGAAGUUGCUUUCCCAGCUGAUGUGCAGGACGUACCCGGAGGAUCCAGGAUGUACCUGGGAUGGCUCCUCAGCUGGGCAGCUCUGAAAUGGAUACUUCAGGAACGAUUAGUAAAUGGGAAGAAAUGUUAUUUAAUGUUUUGGGUAUGAGAAUUCUUUAAUGGUCCUUCAAAUAAAAGCUCACAAGAGAUGA